GCUGGAGCUGUGUGUGCAGGUAAAGGGCUGCGCCCCUCGUUAACACGCGAUGCUCUGUACAGCUCCCGGUGAGGGCGAGCAGCAGCUGAAUGAUUGGAUGAGGCUCUAACAUGGGAUCUGCUCGAUAUUCCCAAUACUGCCUUCUGUCGCGAAUGGCGAGCUUGGAGAACCACCAGGCAACGACAUCUUAGUAACAUCUUUUUCCAGAUCCCGACUCCCGAAUCCGGCUCCAGGAUUUUGGGGUGCCGUUAAUCGCAAGGAGUGCAGCAGCUUCCCAAGGUCAGCCUGUCUGUUCCAUCCGAGUCUGCCAACAGGAAAGGGCGCAUCCAGGGAUUAUGAUGAAAGAACAUGGCACAAUCUGUGAGGUUACAUCAAAAUGAUCAUGAGUCCAGGUUACUACUUUAAAUUGGUGUUCCACUAUUCCGGAGACUUGUCCUGACUCAUCCAGCUAAGUGCCACGCAACAUCUUGUGUCACAACAUCUCGACGGUACAGGCGAUUUCCACAUUGCUGCUUUUGUGGAAACACAUUCAUGUAUUAAAAAUAAAUCUGGAAGGAGGUGUUUGAAAGGCAAAAAGGAAUAUUUACACUGCACAUUUCAGGAUCUACUGACUUCAGUAUCCAACAAUUUCAAACCCAUUCAUUUCAUGGCCGAUUAACUCCAGAAUCCACUGCACAGGACUUAUUAAUUUCAAGAACCAAUAUCUCCACAGGUCACCACCUUCAGAAUUCAUGAAAUUCAGGAACCGCAUCUCCUAAAUUCAUUGUACCACAUGGGCAAGCUAACUACAGGAUUUACCAGUUUCAAGAAUACAUGAACUUCAGAAAUUCGUAACUCUACAGUCCACCAUUGCUAAUGACCACUAAGUACAAUAUUCACUAAUCCCAGGAUACAAAACCAUCUAACUCCAGUUUCGCCAAACUUCAAGAUUCACAUACUCCAUGAUCCACAAACUAUGAGAUCUGUUUACCUCAGAAGCCAUUAACUCUGGGAUCUGCUGGAAAUUUUCAGGAACCAUUGAGAUCCAGAUUUGCCAAGUCCCAAAAACCUGAGGAUCUACAAAUUCUAGGAUCCACAAUCUCCAGGAUCUACAAACUACAAAAUUCACUAACACUAGAUUCAUGAAAUCUAGAAUGAAUUAAUCCUGGGAUCUACUAACUACCAAUCCACAUACGACAAGUAACCUCAAACUUCUGAAGUCUGAAGGGUCUCGACCCGAAACGUCGCCUAUUCCUUCGCCCCAUAGAUGCUGCCUCACCCGCUGAGUUUCUCCAGCAUUUUUGUCUACCUUCAAACUUCAUUAGUCAUUAAAUCCAGCAUUCAUAGCUACAGGAUUCAAAAAGCUCCUUGAGCCACCAAAUCCAGAAACUAAAUCUCUAGGACCAACAAGCUCGAGGAACAAUGAAUGAGUCAGUGAUCUAGAAUACACCAAUAUCCAUAAACUAUACAAGAUCUACUAAAUGUUGGUUGUAGAAUAACCAGAAUUCAGCAAUUCCAGCAGCCAUUAAUUCUAUAAUCUAUUUCAGUGUCCUGUGGGUUACAUAAUUCCACAAAAUACUAACAUCAGAAUCUAUCAUCUCCAGCUGCAGGAACAAGAAGCUUCAAGACAUUCUAAAAUUAGGAUCCAGGAGCCAGAAACAACUGGAAUAAAAAGCUACAAGUUCCAUUAGCUGAAGAACUUACCAAGGAUCUGCUAAUCACAGAAUCUUUAUCUCUAAAUCCCAUGAACGACAACAUCUCACAAUUCCAGGAUCCAUUCACUGGGAUAUAACCGUUUCAUCCAUUGGCUGCAGAAUGGAUUAAUUUCAGGAUCCACUUGCACAAACAUCCAAGAUCUACUAUUUCUUGAAAAGUCAGGAUCAUUUAGUCUACAAUCCACAAACUCCCCAAUCCAAUAGCAGUAAUAUAAAAUACAGAUUGACUGUAAAAUCCACAAAUUUACUAUCCACUAACUCCAUUCUAUGAAACUAAGUAUUCCACCAUCCUGAGAUUCAAAAUAUCCUGGUAUGCGUGCUCUCCGGUUUUAAGACAAACAAUACACAAGCCCCUUUGCUUUCUAAUUCAACACUUGUCAGCAGCUUCCCUCCAGCAAGAUGACGGUGGCUCACGGGGACAACGUUGAUGAGUUAGCUGCUCGCCCUGUCCAGAAUCAGGACCUCUACGGUCUCGAGCAAAAUCACGAAUGCUGUGAGCGGGUGGUUAUCAAUAUCUCGGGUCUUCGAUUUGAGACUCAGCUGAGGACCUUAGCACAGUUCCCUGACACUCUGCUGGGGGACCCCAAGAAGAGAAUGGGCUACUUUGAUCCCCUGAGGAAUGAAUAUUUCUUUGACAGGAACCGGCUGAGUUUUGAUGCCAUCCUAUAUUACUACCAGUCAGGAGGGAGGCUGCGCAGGCCCAUUAACGUGCCCCUGGACAUUUUUGCCGAGGAGAUACAUUUCUAUGAACUUGGAGAGGAGGCCAUGGAGAUGUUUAGAGAAGAUGAAGGUUUUAUCAAGGAAGAAGAGCGACCGUUACCAGAGAACGACUUCCAGCGGCAGAUGUGGCUACUCUUUGAGUACCCCGAGAGUUCAGGUCCAGCACGCGUUAUUGCCAUCAUGUCCGUUAUGGUCAUCCUCAUCUCCAUUGUCAGCUUCUGUCUGGAAACACUCCCCGUCUUUAGAGAUGACAAAGAAAAUCCUGCUGGAAGGAGGCCAAAGUACACCAAUGAAACGACUCCCUAUCACACGCCAACCUUCGCUGAUCCCUUCUUCAUCGUUGAGACCCUCUGCAUCAUUUGGUUCUCCUUUGAGUUCCUGGUCAGGUUAUUUGCUUCUCCCAGCAAGCCCACCUUCUUUAGAAAUAUCAUGAACAUCAUUGACAUUGUGGCCAUAACUCCUUACUUCAUCACCCUGGGCACUGAAUUGGCUGAGCAACAGCAGCAACAGCAGCAACAGCAGCAGCAGCAGCAGCAGGCAGGUAAUGAGCAGCAGCAAGGACAGCAGGCCAUGUCCUUGGCCAUCCUAAGGGUCAUCCGACUGGUCAGAGUCUUCAGAAUAUUCAAGCUAUCCAGGCACUCCAAGGGCCUACAGAUCCUGGGGCAGACUUUGAAGGCGAGCAUGAGGGAGCUGGGGCUCCUCAUCUUUUUCCUCUUCAUCGGAGUCAUCCUCUUCUCCAGCGCUGUCUACUUUGCUGAAGCCGAUGAGGCUGCCUCCUUCUUUGACAGCAUCCCCAACGCCUUUUGGUGGGCAGUGGUGUCCAUGACAACAGUGGGAUAUGGAGAUAUGUACCCCAUAACUAUUGGGGGCAAGAUGGUGGGCUCCCUUUGUGCCAUCGCUGGGGUACUGACCAUCGCCCUCCCUGUCCCGGUCAUAGUCUCCAACUUUAACUACUUCUACCAUCGAGAGACAGAGAAUGAGGAGCAGGCCCAGUACCUGCACACUAGAAGCUGUGCCUCCAUUCCAUCCGUCACCGAUCUGAAGAAAAGUAAUAGCACGUCAAGCAUCUGCAAGUCAGAAUAUACCCAGGAAGGAAUGGGCGGACCUCGCCAUCCCCCUGAUCACAACCUUCUCAAUGACAAUUGCACUUUAUCAAAUCCCAACUAUGUGAACAUCACUAAGAUGCGGAGUGAUGUGUGAGCGCCUCAGACACUGGACUCAGCCCAGUGGCACCCUUCUUAGCGUCUCACUGUCAUUUAGUUUAUGGUCUGCUUUGUGUCUGAUGGUGUAGCUUCUAGUAUUCGUUUCAGAAUAUUAAGUAUUCACACAAUAACAAUGUCUUGUUCACCCUUCCCUAUAUUCCCAUCACAGUUCACUCGGGAAAUGUGCUAUUAAUUUUAGGGAAACCUAAAUAAAUAGAAGAAUCCUGCAUGUGACAAUUAUAAUGAGUAUCUGCAAUUAGAGAGAAUACAUUGAAUCUUUAACUGGAAUCACCUAAUUGAUACUAUUGAUCUGAAUAUCACAUCUAAAGUAUGAAUAAUUAAUCAGUCUGCUUGUUUAUUACAUCCGAUCACUAAAGUUAAACAUGUCACACAUAA